AUGGACAGUGUUAAGUUAUCUGCCUUGCAAUCAAAUGUUAGAAUUGGAGGAAAAGGAACGCCUCGGCGUAAGAAAAAAAUUCAACAUAAGAAUACAAAUGGAGAUGAUAAAAAGUUGCAGUCGAGUUUGAAAAAAAUGAAUGCACAGUGUGUUAAUGGAGUUUCUGAUGUAAAUAUUUUUAAGGAUGAUGGUACUGUGGUUCAUUUUUCUGCACCAAAAGUAUACAUUUGUGGUUCCUCGAAUGUUCUUUCAAUCUUCGGAAAAGGCGAAGAGAAAGAGUUUUCUGAUCUCAUUCCUGAUAUUUUAACUCAUAUGGGGCGUGAUUCUCUGGCUUCUCUUCGUAAAUUAGCUGGACGAUAUGCCAAUUCUCAGAAAAUAAAGGCGGAUGAUUCUGCUGAAGAUGAUGACAUCCCAGAUCUUGUCGAGGUUUUUGAUGGACAAGAUUAG